AUGACUGCGGCCUGCGCCGCAAGGGCCAAUCUCAAAUCAUUCGCUAGACCUCUGCCAGCCUUGUUGUCACAAUCCCGGUCCAAAGCAACCGUUCCAUUCCGGCUCCCUGAUCCUCGAAAUGAGCCAAACCCGACUUAUGCUAAAGGUUCCGCCGAGCGUGCUGGAGUAGAGGGGGCACUUAGCAGGCUUCGGUCCCAGCUCCCGGCUAAGAGCGAUGUCGCUUUUAGCGGCCAGACUCAUAGCGUCUCAAAGUCAGUUAGACAAGUUAUGCCGUCCGAGCAUAGCACGACUUUCACGGACUACCCUCUCGCCACACAGGAACAGGUUGCCACGGCCAUCGAUUUGGCGCUGCAAGCCAAACGGGACUGGGAGAACACACCUUUCGUGGACCGAGCGGCAAUAUUCCUCCGGGCAGCGGAACUCGUGACUACGACCUAUCGUCAUGACCUCAUUGCAGCGACCAUGCUAGGCCAGGGCAAGAACGUAUGGCAGGCCGAGAUUGACGCUGCCGCCGAGCUAGCCGACUUCUUCCGCCUCAACUGUAACUACGCUGCCGAGAUCCUGGAGAAGCAGCCCGAUCGUGGCACCGAUGGCAUGUGGAGCCGCCUCGAUUACCGACCUCUCGAAGGCUUCGUCUACGCCGUCUCGCCUUUCAAUUUUACCGCCAUCGGUGGCAAUCUUGUCUCGGGCCCUGCGCUUAUGGGUAACGUCGUCCUAUGGAAACCGUCUAUGAGCAACGUCUAUGCCAGUACUCUCGUAUACAAGAUCCUCCUGGAGGCCGGUCUGCCACCAAACGUCAUCCAGUUCGUGCCUGGUGACGCGGAAGAAGUCACACAUGUCGCCUUGUCCCAUCGAGAGUUCGCCGGUCUCAAUUUUGUCGGGUCUUCUGACGUCUUCCGCAGUCUGUACGCCAGAAUCGGAGAGGGUAUUGGAAAGGGAACGUAUCGCGACUUCCCCCGGGUCGUGGGCGAGACUAGCGGCAAGAACUUCACCCUCAUACACCCGACAGCCAACAUUCCGAGCGCCAUCAACCACACCAUCCGAGGAUCAUUCGAGUACCAGGGGCAGAAAUGUUCAGCCACCUCUCGUCUGUACCUUCCAGAGUCCCGCGCUACGGAAUUCCUCGAUGGCUUCAAGACUGAGAUUGAGAAAAUCACUAUCGGCACUCCCGAUGGGGACGUGGGGGCCUUCAUGGGGCCCGUGAUACAUGAGCGCUCAUUCAGCAAGAUCAAGAGGAUCAUAGACGAUAGCAAUGCCGAUGAGUCGCUCAAGUUGCUUGUUGGGGGCAGUUACGAUGGUACAAAGGGCUACUACGUGAGCCCGACAGUUUACCUGGCCGAUUCACCAGACCAUAGACUGUUCAACGAGGAGAUCUUUGGGCCGGUCCUUGCGAUCUACGUAUACCCAGAUAACCAGUGGAAACCGAUACUGAAAAAGAUAGACGAGUCUGGCGGUGGCUUCGCGCUGACUGGUGCAGUAUUCGCCAACGAUCGCAAAGCGAUCCGUGAGGCUGAGGAUGAGCUGCGCUACGCCGCUGGAAAUUUCUACAUCAAUUGCAAGACCACUGCAGCGCUCAUAGGGCAACAGUCCUUUGGUGGCUCACGAUCCAGUGGCACUAACGACAAGGCAGGCUCUUCCCACUCCAUGUUCCGCUUUGUUAGCCCGCGGCUCAUCAAGGAGGAGUUCUUCCCUGCUACUCAGUGGAAAUAUCCGAGCAAUGAUUAA